UUUAUCGUCAACUUAUCGCCCCCCAGAAUACGUUCCAAAAUUCACUGGGAGUAAUACGCCUGUCGUCUUGUUCUUAUUUAUUUGCAUGGAACAGAGUGAAACAAAACCAUACUCGGAAUAAUAGCAGUGAAUUUUAGAACGAUCCUCGGUAAUGUGGGAAUACGUUGAAAAAAAAAGAUAUUCAGGAGGCGUGGCAGAAAAUCAGCUGAUUUCAGAUACUGAUGGCAGAUGACAAUAUGGGCGAAGGCGCUGUUAAUCCGCAAAAAACUAAAGGAAAUGAAGAGAACGGAGUGGAGAUUAAUGAAGACGAUAUUAAUAACGAAGAGGAAUUCCAAGCUAUCAAUGCCCAACUUGAUCAACUAAAUUCUGCCUUGGAUACCAUUGAAAGGAAGAACGAUGACAUUCAGGCUGAACUAGUGGAAUUAUUAAAGUCUAAUCGUGAAGCCAGAAAGCAGUUUGAGGAGUCCAGGAAGGAAGAGAAGCAGGAGCCUGAAAAACCUAAUCUAUAAUUUCUUAUACACUAUGCUGACGUUGGCUGAACGUGAAUUUAAUGAUGUACUUCAAAGAGUUUGUAAAGUAUUCUAUUGUAUUUAACAUAGCAUUGUACAAAAUAUGUGUUCUUAAACCUUUCAGUAUUUCUUCUGUCUGGUUUAGACAAUUGAAAGGAUGUCUUAGCUAAAGAAUUUUCAUUCUUAUUACUGGAAUGAAUGUAGAGUAACAUUCCUUACUAUGAAAUUUGUACAGUGAAUAGAUUGAUGAAAACAAAAUAUAAAUGUAAAGAUA